AUGGAUUUUGCCAGCUCUGAUGAACUUCCCAGAUGGGGACAGCUGCCAACCGAGCAGUACUUAAUUCGUCAUUGGGACCCUUCGUCUCCUGAAUCCGCAGACCAGCAGCGGGCUCGCCUGAUAAAGGAGUUUUUGAGACUAGACCCAAUUCCAAGAGACAUAUGGUUCACCGAGUACGAGACUGCACCAGCGGAUGGUGGGCCACGGAUUCCAACCGAGGAAGAGAUCGCAAAUAUCCUCCGUCCGUGGCGCUCAGACCUGAUGCGAUAUCGCGCCUGGAAACUCUGGCAAAAAGGACAUGACAAGGAGAAUCCUGUGAUCAUCCGCACAUACUAUGACCCGGACGACGACGAACGCGUGGAAAGCUGGGCGAACCUUUCUGAGGAGUAUGAAGAUGUGUCACACUGGUCGAUUUUAGAUGACCCGGAGCUCUUCAACUUCGAGGGAUCAGAUUGGCGGCAGGUCUUUUAUAUCUUGCCGGAGCUUUCCAAGCUUGCCGAUGGAUAUGCCCGCCACAGGAACUGGGCACUCCAUAAUGAACAUCAGGCGAAUUUCAAGAAGGAACUCAACGAGGUCAAGCGCAAAUACCCGACACGGUGGAGAAGUGAUCUCAAUCUCCUAGUCACUGAAAACGUCGAAACACGGCCCCUCCUGCACUACAAUUCUACCACUCAGGUGUUAAUUGCGGAUAAAGAAGCCUUCCAGACAGAUCAGUUCCUGUUGGUCCUCCUCGAUGCGAAGCAAAAUAUCACCAUGCAGGCUCGUAUCGACAUUAGUGAGGAAAGGCUGACCCUGUGUUCGCUGGACUGGUUUAGGCGGUACACUCCAACGGAAAUGGACGAGCCUGGAACAAUUGGAGAAGCGUUUUUUGUGGAUGGGGAACCGGGGAAAGAGUUAUAUCAGUGGACUAAACAGUACUUGGAAGAUGAUCCUAUUUCGGAUGUUUCAGGGGUCACCAACGACGUUUCGCGGUCGGAUGUCUAA